AAAUCUUCAUGCAUUUGGACAAUUUGGCGUGUUUUGAAGAAAGGCAUUGACGGUGAGAAAAUUCGUGUUGAAUUUACGUCGGAAUUCGGUCACUUAUAAUUGAAUUUGAGAACCUGAAUCCGUGGCUGGUUUGUUUAAAAAGAAAUGUGAUAGUAUUCGAGGUGAUAGGAAGAAAGGGUUUUGGAUCCUAUAACGGUAAUAACAGCGCCAUUGGAUGGCGCUGUUCAGACGAUUGUUUUACCGGAAGCCACCUGAUCGGCUUCUCGAGAUAUCCGAACGUGUAUACGUGUUUGACUGUUGCUUCACUGCGAAUGUUAUGGAAAAAGACAACUUCAAAGUGUAUAUGGAUAGCAUUGUGGCACAGCUACAGGACUACUUUUCAGAAGCUUCGUUCGUGGUGUUUAAUUUCAGAGAAGGGGAUGGGCGGAGCCGAAUUUCAGACAUUCUAAGCGAGUACAACAUGACUAUUAUGGACUAUCCUCGGCAAUAUGAGGGGUGCCCGCUGCUGCCACUUGAAAUGAUCCAUAACUUCCUUCGAUCAUGUGAAAGCUGGUUAUCAUCGGAAGGGCAGCAGAAUGUGCUUUUGAUGCACUGUGAAAGAGGAGGAUGGCCGGUACUUGCUUUCAUGCUUGCCGGUCUUCUGUUGUAUCGAAAACAAUAUAGUGGUGAGCAGAAGACUCUUGAAAUGGUCUACAAGCAAGCUUCUAGGAACCUUCUCAAGCUUCUGUGCCCUUUGAACCCCCAGUCUUCUCAUUUGAGAUAUCUGCAUUAUAUUUCUAGAAGAAAUUCGAGAAUUGAUUGGCCUCCCGCAGAUUCACCUCUAUUUUUGAAUUGCAUAAUUCUUAGAGUUCUUCCCCUUUUUGAAGGGGGAGAUGGGUGCAGGCCGGUUAUACACGUCUAUGGUAAGAACCCCAAAACACCAGCCAGUAGAAGUUCUAAGCUUCUAUUUUCAACUUCCAAGUCAAAAAAACAAGUUCGUUACUUCCAAAAGGAAGAGUGUGCAUUGGUGAAAAUCGAUGCUCAUUGUCAUAUUCAAGGGGAUGUUGUGCUUGAGUGCGUCCAUUUAAAUGAAGAUUUGGUACAUGAAGAGAUAAUAUUCAGAAUUAUGUUUCACACAGUGUUUGUUCGAGGAAAUAUUUUGAAAUUCAACCACGAUGAAGUUGAUGUGUUGUGGGAUGCCAGGGAUCAAUUUCCAGAGGAAUUUUCAGCAGAGGUAAAUUUUAUGGACCCUGAUGCAGUUGUCCCUCGUCUCACCAGAGUCACAACAAGUGAAAAUGGGAAUGAGAUUGAAAGUGGCUCGCCAGAGGAAUUUUUUGAGGUGGAAGAGAUCUUCAGCAAUGCAGUUGAUAUGCUGGACGGAAAGGUGGAUGAUGACAGUUUGAAAGUUCAUUACAACAAGUUAGAGCAGAAAGAUGUCCGGAGGGAGGGUGUAGAUCCUCAUAGAUUUCAAGAGUGUGCCUUAAAUGAUGGGAACAAAAAACAGGAUGUCAAGGUUGAUUCUAGUAUAGAUGCAGUGAAGGACAUAGCUGUGGAUGAUGUGAAUUACAAAUUAAAUAAGAUGGAUUCUGACACUAAUGCUGUGAAGGACAUAGCAGUUGAUGAAGGAGACAUUAAGGUUGGUUCAGUGGGGUUUAGUAUUGGCCUGUGGUGGGAUAUAGAAACCAAGAAGGUGACAGAAGAUGUUCUUGGCAAGUUGGAAUACGUGGAAGAUAUAGUCAAUAGAGACACUGUUCCACUGAAGAAGCAAAGGUUGGAAACUGAUAUUUCCAGACCUAAACCUGAGAAAUUUUUGCCUCCUUCAAAGAAAUGGGGUGGGCUGUUCCCAAAACCAGCUUCAGAUUCUGUUCUGGUGAAACCAAAGAGCAAACAACUAGAACCUCAGGGCCAUCCUGCAAGACAAGCAAAGCCAAAUGCCAUAUCUCGAUGGAUCCCUCCUAACAAAGGCUCUUAUGCAAAUUCGAUGCAUGUAUUAUAUCCACCAUCAAGACAUAGUAGUGCACCACCUACACUUUCCAGUACUACAGCUUUUUUGAGGAAAUCGAAGUCUGGUUCCAAUCUAAAGGUUUCUACCGGAGCUAUGAUUUCAAACGAUGUUUUAUUCAGGCACAAAAGUCAGAAGGUUGACCAUGUAAAGGCUUCAGACUCUUCAAAAGAAAUAUCUACCUCUCCCAUAGUUCCAACAUCGCUGCAUGGUCUACCACAAUCGGUGUAUAUUCCACAUAGCAAUCCACAACCAUCACCACCACCUGCUCCUCCUCUUCCUCCUCCUUCCCCAUCUCCACCAAGACCUCUCUUGGUUCCACAAUCUAUGCAGGAAAAUACAUCUAUACUACCUUCCCUACCUUCCGGAGAUGUUUCUAGAUUGCCUUUCGCAGCAUCACGGUCUUCCCUUCCACCUUGCACUACAACAAAUGUACAUACUAUUGGGAUGGUUGCACAAUCUCCGGUGGCAGGUCCUCUGCUGCUUCCCUCUCCUCCAUUAUCUAUUUCUCAGACUACCACACUGGUUUUGCUUCCUCCACAACAUUCAUCAUCCCGGAAGUCUAGGUAUUCUUUAGCCUCUACUGUACUACAUUCUCCACCUCAAACCCCUCCUCAUCCAUCUUCUGUCAGAUCAUUGUGUACAACACAGCCUAGUAAUGAACCUUCUUUUCAUCUACAACCCCCUCCCACUACACCAAUUAAAUGUGCUAUAUCUCCACCUAUCAUGCAUGAAGUGCUAUCAUCACCUUCUCUACCCCUAGCCACUCCAUUGUGUGAUUCUCCAUCUCCACUUCCACCUUCCCUCCCACCACCAGUGCCCACUGGACAUGGACCUUUGCCACCCCCAUCCCUACCCCCAUUGCCACCUUUUCAAUAUCAAGCUUUGGCACCUCUACCUCUACCAUCACCAAUGCCUCUUCUUCAAGUAGCUUCUUCACCACCACCAUUGCCACCACCUUUUUUGCAGGGAUUUGCGUAUGGACAUUCUCGACCACCCUUCCCAAUGCCUAGUUGUCUUUCCCCUCUACUUGCACCACUCCCAUCGAUGUUUAGUUCCUUGAUUCCUCCACUUGUACCACCCCUAUUGAUGUCUAGUGCCCUCCCUUCUUCACCUCUAUCACCCUUAUUAGUGUCUAGCACUCCAUUUCAUCCUCCUCCUCCAUCAUCCCUAUCAAUUUGUACUUGCCCACUUUCUUCUGCAUCUCCAUCACCCCCAUCGAUUUCUAGCACCUAUUCUCCAACGCUCCCCUCGAUGUCUAGUGCUUCAUCUCUUCCUCCCCUAACACCCACAUCAACGUCUAGCGCCCCAUUUCCUCCUUCACCUCCACCAUCCCUAUCAAUGUCUAGUGCCCCACCUCAUCCACAACCCUCAUCAAUGUCUAGCACCCUAUUUCCUCCAUCUUCACCACCCUUUUCGACGAUUAGUGUUCCGCCUCCAUCUCAACCACCCCCAUCGAUGUGUAGUGCCCCACUUCCUCCCCUACCUUUAUCACUCUCUUCGACAACUAGUGCCACACCUACAUCUCCACUGCCCCAUUCGGUGUCUAGUGCCCCCCUUCCUCCUUCACCUUCACCACCCUCUUUGACGACUACUGCCCCACCUCCACCUCUAUCCGCACCACCCGCAUUAGUGUCUAGCGUCCCAUCCCCAUCACCCCUGUUGGUUUCUAAUGCUAUACCUCUUCCCCCGUUGAUGUCUAGUGCCCCACCUCCGCCUGCUCAUGAAAUUGCAGCAACAACCUCGUCUCCUAUGCAUGGAGCUCCUCGUCCACCACCUCCAUUGCCAUCUCCUGGGGGUGGAGCGCCUCCUCCAGGCGGCGGAGUGCCUCCUCCACCGCCACCUCCCGGGGGUGGAGCGCCUGGCCCUCCAGCACCACCUGGAGUUCCUGGCGGUGGACCGCCACCUCCUCCUCCUGGCGCUAGAGGAAGAGGGCGUGGGCUAUCUCGUUCAGGAGCUAUUACAACUAGGAAAUCUUCCUUAAAGCCUUUACACUGGAGCAAAGUCUCAAGGGCAAUAAAAGGAAGCUUAUGGGAGGAAUUGCAAAGACAUGGAGAGCCUCAAAUUGCUCCAGAAUUUGAUGUAUCAGAACUUGAGAAACUUUUCACUGCUGUUGUUCCUAAACGUGCUCGUGGGGGUAAAGGGAAAGGCAAGUCAGGUGGAUCAAAAACUGACAAAGUCCACUUGAUUGACUUGAGGAGGGCCAACAACACUGAAAUUAUGCUCACUAAAGUUAAAAUGCCGCUUCCUGAUAUGAUGGCUGCAGUGAUAGCAAUGGAUGAUACAGUAUUAGAUGUUGAUCAAGUGGAAAAUCUCAUAAAAUUUUGUCCAACUAAAGAGGAAAUGGAACUUCUCAAGAACUACACUGAUGACAAGGAGACUCUGGGGAAGUGCGAACAGUACUUUUUGGAGCUGAUGAAAGUGCCCCGAGUAGAGUCAAAAUUGAGAGUGUUUUCUUUCAAGAUUCAGUUCCGGACUCAGAUUUCUGAAUUUAGAAGGAGCUUAGAAACUGUAAACUCUGCAUGUGAUGAGGUACGCAAUUCGGAUAAAUUGAAGGAAAUCAUGAAGAAAAUUCUCUAUCUAGGAAACACAUUGAACCAAGGAACUGCACGGGGUUCUGCUGUGGGGUUUAAGUUGGACAGUCUUCUAAAGCUCACAGAUACACGUGCUGCUACCAGCAAGAUGACGCUAAUGCAUUAUCUUUGCAAGGUCCUAGCUGAAAAGAACCCAACACUAUUAGAUUUUCACCUCGAGUUUGUUAGCCUUGAAGCUGCAGCUAAGAUACACUUAAAAGUUUUAGCAGAAGAAAUGCAAGCUAUAACUAAGGGAUUAGAAAAGGUUAAGCAGGAGUUGGCUGCCUCAGAAAAUGAUGGUCCUGUUUCUGAUGUUUUUCGUAAGACAUUAAAAGAAUUCGUUUCUGGAGCUGAAGCGGAGGCGGCAUCUGUAACAAAUCUAUAUACUGAAGUGGGUAAAAAUGCAGAUUCACUUGCAGUCUAUUUUGGUGAGGAUCCUGCCCGAUGCCCAUUUGAGCAAGUUACAACAACAAUCUUAAAUUUUGUGAGGUUGUUUCGAAAAGCACACGAAGAGAAUAUGAAGCAGGCCGAAGUGGAGCAGAAGAAAGUUGAGAAGGAGGCCGAAACGGACAAGGACAAGGGAACAAAAGAAGAAGAAUAGUCGAGGAUUGGUUUCUCUAUUCCUACAGAGGUAAUAUUGCCCGUCUAGCAGCUGAUGUCUAUGCCGAAGAGUUCGACUCAAUGACAGGAAAUGCUGCCUUGUAGGGCUGUUGACUGAUGAUGCCUACCAUUCUCUGGUAUGGUGCAAUUUUAAAGCCUUCAGAAAUUUUGUAAGUGAGGCAAGGGCCUUGUUCUAGAAGCUUGCUGGCCUCGAACUUUGCAUGGGGCUUCAGGAGACAGUUUUAUACAGUAAGUUUCUCAAUCCCAUUAUCGUUGAAUGACCAGUGCAACUUUCGGAGCAGAUGUCAGAUGGACCAGGCUUCGAAGCAGAGUGGUUAUGACCACAGCCGAGCAGAGCCGAGGUUCUUAAAUGCAGGCUAUCAAGGUCACUGCUAUGGCACUUCUAGCAUUAACAUCAUUCUGAACUCGGUGUUGCGGUCCAUCACUUGGCGAUGUUAGACGACCUCUUUUCAGCUUCCGCCAUUCAUUUACCGUAAUUCCUUCAGCUCCGAAGCGGAUGUGGGACUGUCGACACUGGAAGUUCUACUGUACCAUUAAAAAGUGUA